CAGAGAGAAGGAGGUGAAGAGGGUGGAGGCUGUUCUCAUCAAAGGACCUCUGAGACUCUGCAAGUUAAUGAGACCCUGCAGCCCUCAGACCCCGACAGAGACACACAGACCGAAGGACAGGCGGAUGAACAAACAACAAAAAACCUGAGGACAACAUCUUCUGUGGAUCUGAAAUGACGUGGCGCGAGCUUCGUAGUCGGCAGUUCUGGAGUGCCAUACUUGCAGAGCUGCUAGGCACCCUGCUGUUAGUGAGCGCUGUUCUGGGCACCUCGGUUCCAGGUCCUGACGAGGCCCCCGUGGGGCCCCUGUACCCAGCUGUAGCACUGGGUGCGGUCAUCAUCGCACUGGGACACUGUUUCGGAGAAAUAAGUGGAGCACAGGUGAACCCUGCCGUGACUCUCUCUCUGCUGGCCACUCGGAAGCUGGAUGUUCUCCGGGCGCUUGUUUAUGUCUCUGCUCAGUGUUUAGGGGCCUGUUUAGGGACCCUGGCCCUCUACCUUGCCCUGCCUCUCAAAACCACCGCAGACCACUUUGUGAACAAGGUACCCAUAGAGCUGAACGCAGCACAGGCUCUGGGCAUUGAGAUGUUGUGCACCUUCGAGAUGGUCUUCACCAUCUUCUCAGUGGAGGAGCAGAGACGGAGGGAGAGCCCCGAACCUGGAAAUCUGGCCAUCGGGCUGGCGCACACAGCCGGAGUGCUGAUAGGGGCGCGGUUCUCUGGUGCCAGCAUGAAUCCGGCCCGCUCUCUGGGUCCAGCCAUCGUCACUGGUUUCUGGGAAAACCACUGGGUGUACUGGAUCGGACCGGUUCUUGGUGCUCUAUUGGCCGGGGUCUCUCAUGAGUUCUUCUUUGCACGCAGCGCUUCUCGCCAGAAGCUGGUGGCCUGUUUGACCUGUAAGGACAUUGAGAUUGUUGAAACAGCCAGCAUGACCGGGUCGUCCCUCUCCACGGUAACGCAGAACGCCAUGAAGGCCAAGCAGGCAAACAAACAGGACAACAACUGAAGAGACGGGGACACCCUCACAGAAAAUGACAGUGGAUGCUGGUGGACUUAAAGGACCAGGGAGAGGAUGUAAGAUAAGAGUUUUAUAUAAAAAUGAAGUUGUGAUAAAAGACAAAAGUAAUCAAUAACAGAAAGUUUUCUAAAUGAUUAUAAUUUUGUUUUGUACAAACAUAAACCCUCCAGGAUCCCUGCAGCAGAUUAUUAAUGCCUGUGAAGCUGUAGCCAGUAUUGAGAGAUCCAGUAUUCCCUUCCACAUUUGCACAUCAUAUUAACAUGUUAGAGCGGCUCAUUGAAACCCUGCUGAAUAACACCCUCAUGUUCCAGGUCCCUGUCGUGUUUGUGAUGCUUUGAAAUGCUAAAAAGCUCCUUCUUCUGCUCUGAUGCUCUUCAUCAGUCCAGCUCCUCUCUAAUGUUCACUAUUCACAAUCAAACGGACCUUCAUAACUCUAAUGGUGCCCCUGAAAGAACACAACGUUCAGGAAGAGCUUUGUAAUUUCAAAUGGAGAUAAUGUGUGUGUGUGUGUGUGUGUGUGUGUGUGUGUUUCUAUUGAAAUAAUGCCUGUUAUUAUACCACAUUAAACUCUUGUUUAUCAGUGGCUGAUGAUUCAAACCCUUUAAAAUGAAUUAAAAGUGAUUAUUAAUGUAAAUCCAUUGUUGUCUUAAAUAACUUAAUAAGUGCUGUGAAAUAAAAACAAA